UCUCUCUCUCUUUAAAAAACACCAGGAAAUGCAUCAAAAUAAACCCUUCAAACACCAAACAAAACAGGUUGGAGUAUUUUGAUUUCAGAGGUUAACAAUAUUAACAGUCUGAGCCUUUGUAUGUAUGAAGAUUAUUAUUUUUUUAAGAAAGAAAGAAAAGAGAAAAAAAUAAUAGAUAUCCCUCCAGCUGAAAAAUACUUUUGCAAAUGGGAGCUAGGACAAGAUAUUUUUAUAGUAUCUCCUCAUUAACUAUAAAUCCAAUUUUGGUUCUUUCUUCUUUCUUUUAUUAUGCAUUAUAACACACACUAUUCUCUAUAUAAUUUAUGUCGAUGAGGAUGACAUCACAGCAUGAUAUUACUUUAUCCCUCCGUUUCCCUUUGUUAUGUUUUGUCACCCGCUCCCCCGCACCGUCCCUCCGCCGGGAGUGGCUGUCCCCGCCCCAAACACCGCCCGAGGACGCAGCUCUGGGGACGCGGCACUGUCGCGACAUCCCCGACCGGGUCGCACCUCCCCGGCGCGCCGGGAGCGGGGAGCGCUCGCCCCCACAGCCCUGGCACGGCUCGGCUCCGCCCGGGAGGGCACACCCGCGAGGAAAGGUGGUGGGACGAGUCCCAAACCCAGCGCGGCCCCGAAGCCCCGCUCCUUGUUCGCAGCCAGCGCCGAAAUCGGGACAGUUUGGUGAAAUACAGGUGGAAAUCUCGGCCCGGAACCGGGCGGGCAUCGAGUUACAGCCGCUGCAUCCCGGGGAUGGCACCGAGUUACAGCCGCUCCAUCCCAUUGAUGGUACUGCGUUACAGCCGCUCCAUCCCGGGGAUGGCACUGAGUUACAGCCGCUCCAUCCCAGCCAUGGUACCACGGUACAGCCGCUCCAUCCCGGGGAUGGCACCACGGUACAGCCGCUCCAUCCCCGGGGCUGAUCCUGCCAAUCCUGCCCCUACCCAGACACGUCCUGCCAGCAGCCCAGCGCUUUCCAGCGCAGCUCUGCUCCCUCUGCUCCCAGCCCCGGUUUUUGGGCACCUGCCCUCAGUGCCACAGCUUGUGCCCGCGCGUCGCUGCCUCACAAAAGGGCUCCACUUCCAACAUUCACCCCAGAAUUGCUCAGCACGGCUCAGCUGCGUCCCCAGCCUGGCUCCGCCGGCCCCACGGGCUGAUGCAAACCCCGAGGAGCCCCCCACUCCCCAGCCGGGCGAGUGGAGACCCGCGGCUCCCGCGGGCACCGGCGCCCCUCAGGAGGUGCCCGUGUCCUGUCACCGCUCCCAGGAACCCACCCCGCUCUGGUGGGAUGUGAUUUUGCAGGAUGGAGGUCUCAUGGACCACGCUUCCCACAAGGGUCUUGCUGCUCCUAAUCCAGAGGGAGGAAGACCCAGUUUGGUGUGUCGGGUCCCAGCUCCAGCUGCCUCCCUCCAGCCCAGGUGCAAGUGGGGUGUCCCCAUCUCCUCAGCACUCCAAGGGGGUUAUCCCAAAAGCCUGGGAAGGAUCGUGGGGGCAGCUGAAGCCAGCGAGGCUCAGUCCAGCUGGUUCACAUUACAUCCUUGUGAGGGAAGGGAAGGGGAGAAGUGCAGGGACCCAGCUCGGUGGGCGCUGCAGAAAAGGGAUGGGUGCAGGAGGAGGGGGCUGUCUUUAGUUAUCGUUAUUGCUGGUGAAUUAGACCAACAAGCCAUUUUUAGUCACCUAUCAAGGAAGAUACAAGUCAGAGCAAAUAGUUAAGGUCAUGGGCAUUUUUCUUGUUUUUUGUUUUUA